AACCCUGGUUAUGAGCUCCCGCAGCGGGUACAGCAGCUUUCAGCGCGCGGUUUACGAGGAGAACGUCGCGUCAGAGCUCCACGACAUGGCCCUGAGGACGUUAGUUUGGAAACUGCAGCGCGGGAGGCAGAAACGAGCGCGGGAACCCGCGACUCCACGCGCGAGCGCGAUUUAAACCCCCUUUCAAAAAAAGUUUCGCUGACACGCGCGUGACGUCAGAUGUAACGGUCGACGCUUCCCGUUCGCUCGCUGUCAGUGUGCGUGUGUUUAACUGUUUGUCUGUUUGUUUGUUUGUUCGUAAUCGUUAAAAACAGGAGGGAAGUGUCGGUUGGCAUGGGGGCCAAACAGAGCAGUCCCGCUGCCAACGGCCGCACACGAGCGUACUCGGGCUCCGAUCUCCCGUCGAGUAACGGCAGGACGGCGGUUAUGGCGAUGCGGUAUCACGCGCACGGCGCCUCAGGUGCUACAUCUUCAUCGUCGUCUUCCUCAACGACGACGACCGCGCACUACACCGGCUCCAGGACGCGUUCCGGUGGCCUGGGCGCGCGACCCCAGUCGAGCAUCACUAUACCGAGCUCGGGAGCGUACAGUCCUCAGGAGUCCGGUAACAGCACACCGGAGGAGACCGAGCGGUCCACCGGCGCUCCGAGACUCGUGAUCGGAUCUUUACCUGCACACCUGUCGCCUCAUCUCUUCGGAGGUUUCAAGUGCCCCGUCUGCUCCAAGUUUAUCUCUUCGGAUGAAAUGGACCUUCAUCUGGUCAUGUGCUUGACCAAACCUCGAGUGACGUACAACGAGGACGUCCUGGCGAAGGACACGGGAGAAUGUGCAAUAUGUCUGGAGGAGCUGGUGCAGGGAGACACCAUCGCACGCCUGCCCUGCCUCUGCAUCUAUCACAAAGGCUGUAUUGACGAGUGGUUUGAAGUGAACCGAUCGUGUCCUGAACAUCCUUCAGAUUAGCAGCACCUCUCUCACCUUUGCACAGCCUCCUGGUCGUGAGAAGCACCACAAUGUGAACUCCUUCCUUCUCAAAGACUCUGUGACUUUGGUCUCUUCUCGUAGCAAGGCCCUACGUAGUCGCCAUUAUAUAAACCCUAGUGUGCCAAAACUCCUUCAGGGAAACUCUUUCCUCAUCGCAGUCCAUCGGAAACCCCAACAGGUGUCGAGAUUCUCUCCUCCGUCGCACAGUUGUCCAAUCAGGAUCUAGCAGGAGUUCAUUUCAUUGGCUGUCUCUGAUUGGCCGGACUCAGGGUCAGCUGACUGUGUGGAUUAUAUAUCGGACGACCGGGUUGAUUGUUCUGUUCAAUGGGACUGUGUCUCUUAGUGCCUUAAUUUUCAGAUUCUGAGAGCCGAAGCGACGGCUGCGUUUGGGAUGUUCUUCAGAGGAAGGGGCUCUGUGGACUCGGAGAAACACGCCUGGAUGUGAUGGGACGUGAGCCCUGAUUCGGGUCGCCCCUGAACUAUACUGAGCCAUUAUUUCUCUCUGUCUCUCGCUUCGUGGAUGGUGAAAUAUCCCGUGCAUCUCGAGUCUCGGAUCAAGAUUCACGUGACGUCUGCACCGUCUCAAGAUCAGUUUUUCAUCACGUUUUAUUUGUUGAGACAAAUCUGGGCCUUAAUUCAACACACCACUGACUUCUGUCUCUCUAUGUGGAGUGAUUCUCAUCAAAACAUGUCAAAAUCAGAAGAAUAAAAAAUCCAAAAUUUUGCAUGAAGAAAAUGAAGAUUAAUAAAAUGCAAUUAAUUUUUAUUAAGAUCUGAAUUAUUUUAAUGGCAGUGCUACAAAUACUACCAUGAUGAGCUAAUACAUUGCAAUUUAAAUAAGUAAUAUAUACAAUUUUAAUGAUACAUUGAUAUUCACUGGGGCGAUAUAUAUAUAUAUAUAUAUGCACGCACACAAUAUUUUAUUAUUAUAUAAAUUAAAUGGCUGAACAAAAAAUACUAUACUGGUGAAUAAAUACAUUACAAAUUUCCAAAUAAAUACUACCAAAUUUUAUUUUUCAUUUGGAUUUUUCACAAUUAUACACAUUUUUACUCCUUCAGUAUAGUUAUUUAUGCACCGAUUAAUUAUACUGCUCUUUAAAAAAAAAAAACAUUAUCAAAAUAAUAAUUGUCAAAAUCAUUGUAUUCCACUAAUAGAAAUCAUGUCUGAGAAAAAUAAAAUACAGCUCAAAAUAAAUAUUUCCAUUUAAAUUAGCAUAAAUUUAAUGGAAUUACAAAUACUACUGUGAUGAAUAAAUACACUAUAAUUGAAAUAAUUAAAAUUAAUUUUGUAGGAUUUAGAUUUUAUUUUUUAUUUUAAUUUUUUCAGAAUUGCACAUUUUCCCCCUUCGUUACAAGUAUUUAUACACCAUGAUUCAUGAUAUUUAUUGUUGCUUUUAAUUUAUACUGGUUUUAAAAAUAAAAAAUCACUGUAUUCUAGUUCUAAAAGUCAUCACUGGAAAUAAUAAAUAAUAAUAAAAUGACUCAAAAGUUAAAUUAGAAAUCAGAAUAAUUUUAAUGGCAGUACAUACUGUAAUUUUCAAUACAUCAUUAAUUAAUGAUCAUAUAAUUUAUUGGCAAAUUAAAAAAAAUAAGUACUAAAAUGCACUUCUUUUUCUUUAUGUAAAAUACAAUUUUAAAAAUUUAUUUUGAUAUUGUGAUGAAAAAUGACAUUUCUAGACAGGUUUUGUUAAGAACCAAGUAAAGUCUUAACCUUCACUCAAGUCUAAAGUCUCAGUCUUAAGUAAAGCUCAAGCGGUUGAGUUAUUACAGUCGUCCAAAGUGCCACAACAGCUUUAAAAUGCUGCUAAUCGUGUUUGUUGAUGGAAAUGAGAAGCAGUUUCAAUGUGAGGUUCAUUUCUGCAGGUUUUCUGGACACACGUCAGAAGAUAUAUGACAUGCUGCAUCGGAAACACCACUAUAUUUAAAAAGCCUUAUCAGAUAUUAGAUCAUUUGCACUGUUUCUUUUAUGAGAUAUCAUUAGGUGACAAUUUGCUGCUUUAUGCACACGUCACGAUCUGAACCUGAUGCUUCCGACCGGAUCAGAGCUUUCCAUGCACACGGUUUGUUUAAUUUGCCACCGAAAUAUUAGCUCCUCGUUUCUCAUCCUUGCAGCAGUCGAGAGGAACAUAACAGGUUACGCAACUUCCUGAAGAGAUGCAAAGGAAGCAAACAGAAGUCUGUAUGUGAUGGAUCUCAAUGUGAAAGGUUAACACUGGCCACCGGAUGAUCAUAAGGUUUUUAUUUUGUAAUGAUUUAGAAAUAUUGUGACAUUCCAUAUGUGUAAAAAAAAAUAUAUGUACAGAGAUAAUGAGAUUAAAAACAGCUAAAUCUUUCGAAGCACAGAUCUUUA